CGGGAGGGCGUACAUAUAUACAACACAGCCCGCACACGAGAAUAGCUGGUGUGGCACAGCGACCAAACAACCGGUUCACCCCCGCUGUCAACGCACCGCAGAGCUGCACGUUUACGGGCCCAGGUCGUGGUCGUUCACCGAGGAGGCACCAGUCACAAAGCGUCGGGGUUUUUAUUUCUUAUUUCAUCGGUUCUCUGGAGCGCUGCACCGAGCUAACCAGGCUGUAGCUGGAGAUGAGAAGGGGCCUGCUGCUUCUGGAUGCCCGCUAAGGUUACCGACAGGGCACGCCGCAGAACCGCACCGAGAGACUCCGCUCCAGCCUGUGAGCCCUCCGACAGCACCCUAAGGACCCGGGCUCUGCCGGUCGUGCGGGACCGAGACUUCACGCGAGUUCUGCGCGAGCUGGACAGACUAGCCAGCUAGCUCACGCUCGUGCAAGUUGACAUAAGACAGCAGCCAGUCAGGUCACACUACAGCCCCGCUGCAGCGAUGGGCUUACUGUCACAGGGGUCUCCGCUGAACUGGGAGGAAACCAAGAAGUAUGCCGACCACAUCAGAAAGCACGGCAUCAUCCAGUUCCUCAACAUCUACAACAAGUUGAAGGAACGUCAGAAAGAUGUGCUGAAGUGGGGCGACGAGGUUGAGUACAUGUUGCUGGAAUUGGAUGACAAGGAUGAAAAAGUUCGACUCGUCCUCAAUGGUGAAGAGGUUUUGGAAACUCUUCAAGAACAGGGUGAAAAGAUAAACCCAAAUCACCCCACACUUUGGAGACCAGAGUACGGCAGCUACAUGAUUGAGGGAACACCAGGGCAGCCGUACGGCGGGACGAUGUCGGAGUUCAACACUGUGGAGGGCAACAUGGGGAAGAGACGACGAGAGGCCUCAUCUGUCCUGAACCCGAAUGAAACCCUCUGCACCAUCACCUCAUUUCCAAGGUUAGGCUGCCCGGGUUUCACCAGACCGGAGCACCGGCCGACCCCUGUUGAAAAGGGAGUGUCGAAGUCACUGUUUUUCCCAGAUGAAGCCAUCAACAGCCACCCAAGAUUCAGCACCCUUACCAGAAACAUACGUCACAGAAGAGGAGAGAAAGUUGUGAUUAAUGUGCCAAUCUUCAAAGACAAGUGCACUCCGUCUCCAUUUGUGGAGGAGUUUCCUGAGGAUGAUGGUGAAGCAGCGAGGUCGGCUCUUCCUGAUCACAUCUACAUGGACGCCAUGGGCUUCGGGAUGGGCAACUGCUGUCUGCAGGUGACAUUCCAAGCUUGUAGCAUUGAUGAGGCAAGAUACCUUUAUGACCAACUAGCAACAUUCUGCCCCAUAGUGAUGGCGUUGAGCGCAGCCUCUCCCUUCUAUAGAGGCUUUGUGUCUGAUAAUGAUUGUCGCUGGGGAGUUAUUUCUGCCUCGGUGGACGACAGGACACUGGAAGAACGCGGGCUGAAGCCUUUGAAAAACAACAAAUACAGGAUCUUCAAGUCAAGAUAUGAUUCAAUUGACAGCUACCUGUCUAGCUGCGGUGAGAAGUACAAUGACAUUGACUUGACGAUAGACGAGGAGAUCUACAAGCAGCUGCUCGACGCAGGAAUUGACAAACUGAUGGCCCAACACAUAGCACAUCUCUUCAUCCGAGAUCCACUCUCUGUCUUCGAAGAAAAAAUCCACUUGGAUGAUGAAAACGAGUCUGACCACUUUGAGAACCUGCAGUCGACCAACUGGCAGACGAUGAGGUUCAAACCUCCACCUCCAAACUCUGAUAUCGGCUGGAGAGUUGAGUUCCGCCCCAUGGAGGUGCAGCUAACUGACUUUGAAAACGCUGCCUAUGUGGUCUUUGUCGUCCUGCUCACCAGAGUGAUCUUGUCAUAUAAACUGGACUUUUUGAUCCCUUUGUCAAAGGUGGAUGAAAACAUGAAGGUGGCACAGAAGAGAAACUCUGUCCAGGAGGGCAUGUUUUACUUCCGAAAGGACAUCUUCAAAGGCUGCAACCCGGGCCUCGAUGGCGCAGCCUCGGCUGAAAACGGCUUGGAGUGCGAUGGUGCUAAUGAGGAGUACACGCUGAUGAGUAUCGACACAAUCAUCAAUGGAAAGGAGGGAGUAUUUCAAGGGCUUAUCCCGAUCCUUAACUGCUAUCUGGAAAACAUGGAAGUGGAUGUGGACACCAGGUGCACCAUUUUGAAUUAUCUGAAGCUCAUCAAGAAACGUGCCUCAGGCGAGCUGAUGACGAUGGCCAAGUGGAUGAGGGAAUUUGUUGCCAAGCACCCGCAGUAUAAGCAGGACAGCGUCCUAACUGACAAGAUAAACUACGACCUGUUCAAGAAGUGCGACAGGAUUGCAAAGGGCGAAGAGCAGUGCCCAGAGCUCAUUGGAAACCCAGUGAACAGGUUCAAAUGAGAAAAGCUGAUAAGUGCACCGUCGUUAUACAAACUCCCAUGUAAAGAGACCAAAUGUGCGGCUCAGAACGAAAGCGGUCCAAUUUUAAGAGAAUGCAAAACUACAUGUGUGUUGUAAGAAACACACCUGCAUCAAAUGUAUGUGUAUAUAUACUGUAUCAGAUUUUUUAUGAUUACAGAAUUAUUUUAAUAGGGUUAAGACAUGCAAAAGGUUGUGUAAUAGAAAUCAGAUGUGUAUUUAUUUUUCUCUGGAAAUUAAGCCUAUCUGUGUGAAAUGUAAAUGUAGCAAAGAGUUGUACAGUAGUCUGCUUUUAAUCUUGUGUUCUAUAAAUACUGUACUUCAGCUCUUUAAAACAUUAACAUCACAAGCCUUUUUUUUUAUUAUUAUUCUGGGGAAAAGCUAUUCGCUUUUGGUAGAGACCUUUUCUUUUUUGCAUUUUAAGACAAAUGUUUGCUUUGAUCUGCUGACAUUGUAGUAGGACCUUGGAAUUAGUGUUGCAUGCAAGUGGAAAGGGUGAAACAUUGUUUGCAAUAUGAUGCUGCUUCAAAAUAAACCUGCACAACAGCUUGUUUGUCAGUCUUUU